GCAUAGACAUUGUUGGAGGACAUGAAGUGCAUCCUCAUUCCUGGCCUCAUAUGGCUGCUAUCCAGGACAAGAAUUUAGGUGUUUGUUGUGGAGGAGCUCUUCUGGAAAAGCAAUGGGUUUUGACAACAGUACCUUAAUAGAUGAAUUGGAAGACAGUUGUUCUUGGAGUUCAUUGGACAUCCAUUCCUGAAGAAGCACAGCAGAUAUUUGUGAUUAUGGAAACCUUUCCUCAUUGUCAGUUUGACCGGCCUCCCUUUGAUUAUGACAUAAUGCUCCUCAAGUUGAAUGAUACUGCCAAGCUGAAUAAAUAUGUGCAACUUCUGCCUCUGCCUGACUUUUUUGAAGAUGUUGAAUCUGGCACACUCUGCCAGGUGGCUGGCUGGGGAGACACAUCACCAGGAAAGCCAUCAAAAUAUCUCUGUAAGACAACUCUUAAAAUUGUCAAUAGAAAAAGCUGUGACAAACAUUAUGCCAGUGACCCAAAAAUAACCAAAAACAUGUUGUGUGCUGCAGGGAAAAGUAAAUUAUAUCUGAGUGAUACUUGUAAGGGAGAUUCAGGUGGGCCAUUAAUCUGUGCUGGUCAGUACUGUGGGAUGGUUUCUUUUGGAGAAGAAUGUGAAAAUACAAGCAUACCUGGAGUUUAUGCACAGCUGACUGAAGAAUAUAUUGACUGGAUAAAAAGAACAACUUCCAGUUAGACAGAUCUAUGAAACAAGAGCAUUUUAGUAAAUAUUGUGUUGUGCAUUAGAGCUGGAUGCUGCUGCUUUACUGUACCACCUUUGAAGUGUACCUCCCAGCUUUACAGCUUUGCUGACACCACCACAGCUUUCUGUGAGCAGCUCAAAGUAUCCACAUUUGUACAGAUACUACCUUUACUAAGCUUUAGCAGGAAACUGCCACGUAGAAAACAUAAUUUGUAUUGGAUUCCACUCUACUUCUUACUAGGAUGGGAAAGUAUUCAUUACUUUUCAUGGGAUAAAGCAACAUUUGUUAAUGUGUACUUACACAAAAAUUCGGUUUCAAAAUGAUAGUGAAUGUGAAGUCUGCUGAAUGAGAAAAAAUAGAAAAGCUUAAAAUGUUCAAAUAUUUAUCUGUGAUGUUAUUAAACCCCAAAUAUAUAAUUUUACCAUUAUUCAAUAUUUAUUUAUCUAAGUUCAAAUUAAAGAAGUUAAAAUAUUAAACAGAGAGAAACCAUUUUCCAAUUAGUCUUCGUUAUAAAGAUACAAAUAUGGAGAUAAAAAUAAUGCCUGUCUUUUUUCCUUAGAUUUUUUCCUUCUU